AUGAGAAUACCAGGAGGAAAACUGACAUUGAAGAUCCCUUGGAAGAACUUGUACAAUGAUGCUGUAGUUGCAACGUUAGAUGGUCUCUAUCUGCUGGUGGUUCCUGGAGCAACGAUAAAGUAUGACGCCGCGAAGGAGGAGCGUUACCAGCAGGAGGCCAAGCAGAAGGAGCUGCAGCGCAUUGAGGAGGCGCUACUGAUGGCUGCUCGCAGAGAAAAGCCUCAGAAAGAUGAGAAGAAGGACACGUUUGCUGAGAAGCUGGCCACGCAAGUCAUCAAGAACCUGCAAGUCAAGAUCACCAGCAUCCAUAUCAGAUAUGAGGACGAUAUAUUAGACCCCCAGCAGCCCCUCUCUAUGGGAGUCACCCUGGCUGAGCUGAGUCUACAGACGACCGAUGAGAACUGGAAGUCGUGUAUUCUGAACGAGGCAGCCAGGAUCAUCUACAAGCUGGGCCGUUUGGAAUGUCUGUGCGCCUACUGGAACGUCAACAGUCCCAUCUUCUAUAAAGGCUCCUGGGAAGAGAUACUG